AUGUGCAAAUGCCUUGCUGAGUUACUGUCUGUUUUCGGCAACGAAGCGCCACACCAGUCGACAAUUUCCCGUUGUGUUAGCGACGAUCCCAGGGUGGGUGCACCAAAAACGGCAGUCACCCAUAAAAACGUCGAUGCUGUGCGCAAACUCAUCAUUGAAGAUAGACAUGUGACAUAUCGCGAGAUUGAGGCGUCCUUGAAGAUCUCAAAGACCUCAAUUCAAAAAAUUUUACAUCAGAAAGCAGCCAGGGUUAAUUGGUGUCAAAAAACGCUUGACCGUUUCAAUUCCGGAAACUCAAAAAAAUGUGAAGAAAAGCCAACAAAAGUCAUCCGUUCUCGAAGUGUUUCGAAAAAGAUGGUCGCGACAUUUGUGUCAAAAGCGGGUCAUAUUGCAACAAUUCCUCUUAAUCAGCAAAGAACUGUUACUGCGGAUUGGUAUACCACCAUUUGUUUGCCAAAAGUCAUCACCGAGCUUCGAAAAAUCAACCCCGAAAGAAGAAUCAUCCUCCACCAAGAAAAUGCAAGCUCGCACACAGCCCAAAAAACAAGGCAGUAUUUAACGGAAGGUAACGUGGAAUUAUUGGACCACCCUCCAUAUAGUCCCGAUCUAAGUCCUAACGAUUUCUUUACUUUCCCGAAAAUUAAAAACAGACUGCGUGGUCAAAGGUUCCAGUCACCAGAAGAAGCAGUUGACGCAUUCAAAAAUUCCAUGUGUAUUAAUCUUCGUGGAGAAUACUUCGAAAAACAAUGA